AUGUGGGCUGAAGCCACCUUCUUUGGCCGUGUUGGUGAGCAGGAGGCCCAAAGAGCUGUGAAGGACGUUUCCUUGGCACCAUGUCACCGUGCAGCUCAGGACAGAUGGCAGGGCACAUACAGCCACAGAGAGACGCAGGAGCCCACUGGAACAGUGAUACUGCAGCCGGCCUUGCUCUCGAAAGCCCAGGCAUUUGAGGUCCUGAGGUCUGCUAAGGUUUUCCGGUGGGGCGGAGGCCGGGAACCCAGGAUCCUCGCCACUCCCGUCAUAGCUUCUUCCCGGCCUCGGGUGGCCUUCCAGCCACCUGCGCGCGUCCGGCAUCGACGCGCAGCGAGGAGGCGGUUGGUAGGACCUCAGUCCACCGCCAUCCCAGGGAGCUGCGGAGACUACAACUCCCAUCACGCCCCGCAGCCGGCUCCCUCCCCUCCCCUCUGCCCCUCCUCUCUACCUUGGCCGGCGGUCGGGAAGCUCUCAGCUUUUAUCUGCAGACCGGGCGGGAGGGAUCCGGAUCCCUGCGAUCUUCCCAGACCGGAGCGCUGUGCCCGGCGGUGGCGGUGGCGGUGGCGGCGGCUCUCAGCUGAGUUCUGCCUCCGCGUCCGCGCCAGCCCGGAGCCUCCGGGGGCCGACGGUCAGUCCCGGCGCGGCGAGAGGAUGGUCAUCCGCGUGUUCAUCGCCUCCUCCUCGGGCUUCGUGGCGAUAAAGAAACAGCAGCAGGAUGUGGUUAGAUUUCUGGAAGCCAACAAGAUAGAGUUUGAGGAGGUGGACAUCACGAUGUCAGAAGGGCAGAGGCAGUGGAUGUACAAGAACAUCCCCCCGGAGAAGAAGCCCGCCCAGGGCAACCCUCUGCCACCUCAGAUAUUUAACGGUGACCGAUACUGUGGAGAUUAUGACAGUUUCUUUGAAUCCAAGGAAAGCAACACAGUCUUUUCAUUCUUAGGCCUGAAAUCACAGUUGGCAUCAAAGGCAGAACCUUAGCGCAGACAAGCGGAAGAGGACGGAGAUGCAUUUUGGAGCUCCCCUGGUACUCAGCACACACCUGCUUACCUAAUGCAUCACUGUGACAGAAGCCACAUGCAUUAUCAGUAACUUUGCUUGCCAUGGAAAAGGUGUUUUGGGAAGACACGGGUCUAAUGGGAUUGCAUGAGUGCUUUAAACCAAAUCAGGACCGUUGGUGGGUUUUUUCCUUGUUUUCAGAAUUGCCUGCAGUUGCUUCACUCACCCGGAGGAGGCACUGUCACCUGUUAACAGGUGUGCCUCCUGAAUAAGUGAGUGAUAAGCGGGUGGCACCGUCGGAGAGAGAAUACUGGAUCUGCCCUGGGUUGUAGUUGAUGCCAGGAGAGUUCCGACCUGCUUCCCUUCAGGCUGCCUAGGUGGUGUCCUUGAAAUUAGUCUGCCAGGCUAUUAGAAUACUUUGAUCAGAAAGAAAAAAAGCAAUGUUGGUUGACAAAGGGCUAAAGAUCUUCGCUGCAGAUUCACAAGCAUCACUAUUCCAGUGCUUUGUCAUAACUGUAGGAAAAGUUAGAUGUUCUAGCCUCCUUUUGGUAAUGGAAAUUCUUACCCCCAUCAAUCCUCCAAGCCCCUACAGAUGUUUCCAGAAAUCACUGUUGCAACAAGGUGUGAUCAGAACCGAGUAACAGGGAUGAAAAGAAUUGCUGUUUUGAAAAAUACAUGCUUCUUUACCUCUUACAAAGGAAAAGUUUCACCUGAUGUGUAAGAUUGCUUAAAAGAUAUAUUUAAAGAGGUGCACUGACAGUUAAUUUACAGGGACAUUAUCUGACUCGCACCUGAAGGCAUUUCAGCUCUAGCAGCUUAUUAUGCGUAAGUGCACAUAUAUUUUUAAACGCAGCUCCCCGAGCUAAUAGCUGCUUAUAUAUUUUGCAAAGGGAUUAUAUUUUUCGAGAAAGGAAGAUCCCGGUUAGAUGUAUUUUGUGAACCCUUGAUGAGGCGUAUUAAAAGAUACUAAUAUUGCUUCACACUUUAAUUUUUUUUCCUGUGUUACUUUUCAUUGGUCCUCUGACUCUGCCAGCUCAUAUUUCUGGCCAGUGCACAGUUCCGGAUUUUCAGAGUAGCAUAGAUACAUGUUCUCCUUCCCUAUAUGAACACCAGUGAUUUUUCAGAACAGAGUGCAUACAAGAAAGGGGCUGUCAGAGGCUCACUCUGAAUCGUACUUGGCAUGUGAAAUCUCUCCUUCCUUUGGCGUGGAUGCUGAUAAACACUGAACCUGUCGACUUCAUUUGGGCAAAGGCUCCUUUUCUGCAUCCUUGUCCCUGCUCACAUUUUUUUUAGAGUUUUUAGUUGUCAGACCUGGCAAUAGUCUUGAAUAGAAUAAAUUCAGAGGGCUGCCUAAGAUAUUCUGCUAUUCUCAGCGUCCUGAUGGUGGACCUGCCCUUCAGAUUCUGAGCAGGAAGUUUGUAAGAAAUGGAAAGAACAGAAGAGUUUAGUCCCUGUCACCUGUGUUCUCUCUCCCUCCAACUUGCUAAAUGUGGACUAUUCUAAAGAACUUGUUCAGUGCUAAAGCUGACAUCCCAGCCUGAGAUUUGCAUCCCAGGACUACAGCCAGAAGAAAAGCAUGCCACUGAUUCCUAGGUGACUGGAACAGAAUCAUAAUCCACAGUUUUCUCUGCAAGGAAAGCUGCUGUAAAAUCAUGGCUGUGACUGCUUAGGUGGCAUCACAUACGAUCCAGGUCGAAUUCCACCUGAUAAAUCCCAGGGACUCUCCAGGAAAUUUUUUGGAACUGGAUAUCGUGUUAAAGUCUAAGAAGACUUAGAAUUUCUUUUUAAGAUACAGCAGUUUUUAAAAAGUUAAUGUUGCAAUGGUCUAACUCACAUUUUGUCUACUCUUGCCAGUGAGUACCAAGAAGCAACUUGGUAAGAUCGAGUCUUGGGGUUGUAGGAUCAAUACAAUACCUGCUAGACCAAGAAAGCUACUCAGAAUUGUUUGUCUCAAAACUUCUGAAUUACUCUGGUUGUAGUAGGCCCAGUAUGGUUGUGCUAAACAGACUAGAUGAAUAGGAGUGCUAAAGUAUUUAACACAGUUAUAGAUCAUCUACCCCACCCCACUUUUUUUUUUUUUUUUUUUUGGAGCAGCAAAGAAAUAGGAGAGACCAGCUUCACCUGGUAUUGUACUUGUUACGAGCGAGCUAGAAACACAUUGUGUGGCAUUUCCCUCAGUACCCAGGCUCUGCAGGGUCCUAAGGUAUUGCCCUCUGGGACCACACCGUGUUCAGAGAAUACUGUGUCCUUACUUUUGUUUUACCAGCUGAAUUCCAAACCUGUAAUGGUUUUCUUCAUCCCUUCUUUAACUAGCUGCCUUUAGAUCUGGAUAAUCACAGUCUUAAAAAUCUAGGAAAGGAGUGGAUGGGAGUUGCAGACAUAGAUGUAAUAUCAAAAGCAUUUUAAGACAGAAUUUUUAUUUCCUAUAGUAGGCUUGUUGGGGGCAAAGAAAAUGUGCUGCUAAAAAUCAAAUAAUGGCAUUUUAAAAUGAGAUAAAAUACAGAGUGCCAUCCUGCUAGGUAUAUGCAGACCAGAAGAAAAUUUAGUUGGGGAAGUACUUGUUUUUCCAGAUUCUGGUAUUCUAUCAAAAUCAAAGAGGAGAAAAGGAGGAUUUUUUUUCUCUCAGGCUCUAAUAUAUUUUAGAUUUGUUUCUGUUUUAUAGAUUUAUUCAACACUCCCACAUAGAUGUUUUUAUAUUACAUGAAUUUAAUAAUGAACUAAACGUAUUUUUCUCCUUUGUUGUUGAAAGGUACCAAAGCCUCUUUCUGGUUUGUUUUGUUUUGUUUUUUAAUUUGAUUUUGCUGUAUAGGGUUUUGCUUUUUCUAGAAAUGCUUACAUCUUUUCUAAAGUGUCACAGCCCACUUUAUCUGCAAAAUUAUUGUGUUUAGAUUUCAAUUUGUGUGCAUUUGUCUCUAAAGGUAUUAAAGAGGAAUAAAUUACAGAAAACACACAUUCUGAAAAUGGAGUGCUUGUUCCCGACCAUUUCUUACACCUUUUCUAAUUUUGCUUCUGUGUUUGGUUGAAACCGUCUUGUUUAGUUGAGAUGCUGUAUUUCUGCUCCUAUCAUGAACCCCAUACCUGAAAGCUACAGAUUCGUUGUAAAAAUGCAGAUGGAUCAUUUGAGCACUUGAGGAGACACACUUGUGGUUGUGUGUGUGUGUGUCUGUAUGUGUGUGUUGGAGGUGACUGCAGAAUCAUCUCAGACCCUGACCAGGACGAAGGAUGGCGUUAAAUCACUCAUCCCCUGGUUGGUUCAAAUAGAUGACGGUGGCUUCCGAGUACAACGAAGCGAUGCGCUGUGGGUUCCCUUCCCUGAUUUCGUGCAGGAGAAAAGUACAGUGUAGCCACAACCCUUAAUAGCAGGGCUGCCUUCGCUGCACCCCCGUCUGAAGGCAGAAGACGUCUCUGAAGGCGGCGUCUGAAGUUAAGCCCAUCGCUGAACUAUUUCUAACUUAAACACCAGGAUGAGGGAGGGUGAAGGAGGAGAUAAAGAGAACAGG